UCGGUUUAAUUAACGUUGGACUUAGAGCAGUGCCGCCGGCCUUUACUUUACAUAGACGCCUUCUCCUUCGUCGGCGCUUCGUCAGCGAGAGCGAAACGAUCACCGGAUGCCUCUCAAGAACACCGCCACCGCCGGCGCCGGCGGCAUCCUCCAUCCCUCGACCCUCAGGCCUCUCUGCUCCGUCCCUUCGCUCCUCCUCUCCCUCGCGCUCGCCACCGUCCUCCUCUCCUCCCUCUUCUUCCUCCGCUCCGCCCCUCCCCUCCUCCGCUCCUCCUCUUCCUCUUCCUCUUCCGAAAUUCCUCCGUCGCCCUCCGCCGACCGCAUCAGGGUCCACGUCGCCGAGCUCCCCAGAUCGCUCAACUAUGGCCUCCUCGAGCGCUACUGGUCCUCGCCGCACCCCGAUUCCCGGAUCCCCGCCGACCCGGACCACCCGUCCCGGCCGACCCACCUGCGGAAACCCGCCGACUACCCGCCGUACCCGGAGAACCCGCUGAUCAAGCAGUACAGCGCCGAGUACUGGAUCCUGGGCGACCUCGAGACGCCGCCCGGGGCGAGGGGCGGGUCCUUCGCGGAGAGGGUCGCGAGCUGGGAGGAGGCGGACGUGGUGUUCGUGCCCUUCUUCGCGACGCUGAGCGCGGAGAUGCAGCUCGGGAGGGACAAGGGGAAGUUCCGGAGGAAGGAGGGGAACGAGGAUUACGCGAGGCAGAGGGAGGCGGUGGAUCUCGUGAAGGGUUCCGAGGCGUGGAGGCGGUCGGGCGGGCGGGAUCACGUCUUCGUUCUCACAGACCCGGUCGCAAUGUGGCAUGUGAGAGAUGAGAUCGCGCCAGCGAUACUCCUCGUGGUCGAUUUUGGUGGAUGGUACAGGCUCGACUCUAAGUCUUCGAACGGCAGUUCGUCUGACAUGGUACACCACACGCAAGUUUCACUGCUCAAGGAUGUCGUCGUGCCAUACACCCAUCUGCUUCCUAGGUUACAUCUAUCGGAGAAUCAGAAACGUCAAACCCUUCUUUACUUUAAAGGGGCGAAGCAUAGGCAUCGGGGUGGUGUAGUACGAGAGAAGCUGUGGGACUUGCUGGUUGAGGUGCCUAGUGUGAUCAUGGAAGAAGGCUUCCCUAAUGCCACUGGGAGAGAGCAGUCCAUUAAAGGGAUGAGUUCUUCUGAAUUCUGCUUGCAUCCUGCUGGGGACACACCCACUUCCUGCCGACUUUUUGAUGCCAUACAAAGUCUUUGUAUUCCUGUCAUCAUCAGCGAUGACAUCGAACUCCCAUUCGAGGGGAUAUUGGAUUAUUCAGACUUUUCUGUUUUCGUGGCUACUGCAGAUGCCUUGAGGCCUAACUGGCUCAUAGACCGUCUCAGGAGCUUUUCUGAAGAGCAAAAGGAUAGAUUUCGUCGAAACAUGGCAAAAGUUCAGCCAAACUUUGAGUACGAUAGUGGCCAUCAGGGUGGCAUUGGGCCUAUCCCUCCAGAUGGUGCGGUGAACUAUAUUUGGAAAAAGGUGUAUCAAAAAUUGCCUAUGAUAAAAGAAGCCAUUGUCCGGGAGAGAAGAAAGCCGCCUGGGGUUUCAAUCCCCCUUCGGUGCCAUUGUACGUAAGACCUCUUCCAAUUUAUUUAUUUUUUCCAUGUUUGAAAUUUCAUGAGAGAAAUGGGUUUAACACGAUUUUGAUAAGUUAGAUAGUUUGGGGAUGACUGAUCUGUGUUACCGGUGGAAUUGAAAAUCAAGGAAGUAAAAUUUAUUGGAGUUCCUUCACCUCGUCA